AUGUGGAUAACCGUAAAUAACAAUUUUUUAGAACAUGAAAGCAAAAUAGAUUCUAACAUCGAAAUUACAUCGUCUGCCAUCGAAACCGCGUCACAAAAUAGCAAAUCAACAAGCAUAUCCUACUGCACUAACGAUGGUUACAAGCGGAAUAAAAAUAAUUACGGUGAUGUCGUUACCAACAAAUCUCUCCUUGCUCCAAUACGCCGAACAAAAAGUAUUUACAAAAGGUAUCAAAGUGAAACCGAAAGUAAGGAACCUGAAAAUAGACGAUCGUUUGAUUCGGCUACAAUACUUUCUGUUGCUCGCAAUAAAUUAUCCAACAGAGAUAAACAAGAAAAUUACAUGCAUGAAAAAAUAGACAAGAAACAAAUAAAAGACGUUCUUGGGAUCGAGGAGAGCAGCGUGAGACUGAACAGAGAAAGAUCAUUUCCACCUCCUCCACCACCACCGCGUUCAUCACCUUUAAAAAACGAAUCGAAACCAAAGAAACAACAAAAAAAUCAAUAUCAACAGUCUCAAAAUCAACGACAAAAACAAAUUUCGAAAAAUUCAGUUUUUGGUUGUAACAUCAAACCAUAUGGACUAGUUAAACAAAUAACUUCGAAAGACCAACGUUUAAAACAAAAUCCAGAACAAACACAUAAUCAACAAAUGCAGAAAAAAACAGUCACACUAGCUCCUACAAAAUCCAAGUCACAAAGUACAUUUCAUUCUUUAGACCUGACUAAAAAAGAAUUGCCCUCGUCAUCAUCGACUCAUUUAUUUUCUUCUUAUGAAACAAACACCUUUCAGGAAGCUGAGAUAAAAAAUUAUUCAACAUUUCCAACAGCAUCAACAACCAAGGAGCAGCAGGCUAGCUGUUCGAAUGUUUUGUUUCAUGACAAUAGCGACCCACCAAAAGUUUCAUUUUGCCAAAACUCCAUAACGGUUACCUUCGAAAAUCCUUCUUUGCCCAUUGUCAGCAACGCGAACCUAAUUGAGUCAAUGAUGGUGGACGGACAAUGCGAUUGUUCGACAAUUUAUCACAAACCACUACAUUUAGACAAUAUUUCAUUCGCAACAUUACAACACAACCGACAACGACAAUUUGUGCAGUUUCCCACAUCUAACGCCCCAUUAAAACUCAACAAAGUAGACAAAGUUGAGUGUACACGUUUCAGUAAGCCACAACAAUGUUUAAAAUUUAAAAAACAACAGCAUGGGCAGCGUGAAAACUACAUUUCCUGUGAUGAUAUACAACGGUGCUUAACUGAAAAAGAUCGAAUCAAAGAUUCCGAAGUUUCGAUCAAUUAUGAAAAGACUUGCAUUCAAAACACCAACCGAAACAGAAUUGACAACGGUUUAAGACUGAACGAAUACAUCAUUAAAAAUCAGUCAUCAAAAAACGCAUUAGUAUAA